AUGCCUAGCUACAUUGUCACCGCAAAGGACGGCGCUUCCGCCGAUGACUUGGCUGCCCUCAAGAAGCACGCCAAGGACCAGGGCGGCGAGAUCACCCACGAGUACAACCUGAUCAAGGGCUUUGCUGUCAAGUUCCCCCAGGACUCCGUACAAACCCUCGAGAGCCACGAGCACGUCAAGGCCGUUGAAGAGGACAAGGAGAUGAAGACCCAGUAG